UUCAUCUCCAAUUUGCUGUCCUUCCCCACGCACUUGGAGCCAGUGGUUGAGUCGCCAGCAGAUGUUUACAAAUCGAUAAACUGUCAGCGUCAUCGGGGCCCGGCAAAAAAUUAUUUCGCGCCUAACCACGCCGUCUGCUGUCGGCGGCCGCCUUGCUGCCAGUCAUUACCGCGACGGCAGCGUCCGCCGUCGUGGGCUUUGUUUACAUUUUUGUUUGUCGCGCUAAUUAGGACAAUUUCCUAUCAAUUUUCUUCGAGCCGAUAACGAGGUGUUUUGAGUCGUGAGCGUUUUUCGUACGGAAACAUGUUCCGCGGUACAUAAUUGUCGGAGUAAACACGAGGAGCGUGUGCAGUGGAUUGAACUUCGCCUGGGUCGCGAUGGCGGAGGUGGCGACUCACUAGGUCGCGGGCGAGCAAAUUCUGAAAAUUUGUCGUUCCACUACUGAAAUGUAGCCUUGAAGGAGGUUAUUUUUAGAAAAAGGUGGGAGUUAUGCAAUUUGCAAGGCUAAUGCACGUCUGUCGGUGGAGAAGGAGCGUGAAAACGGAAAGUGGUUGAGUGAGUUGCGUGUGCCUGGCGGGAAAGUGGCUUGUGUGAGGCUCCUUCUGUUCAGUCUUGGGAGCAAAUGGUCGCCUGACUGCAUGAAUAAUUUGACAAAUGAGAUGUUGCGCAAGAUUCAUUACUAAGACGCUAGGCCCUACGCGUUUUUCGGUAGUGACUGGGUGUUUCUAAGGAAGAAGUCGGGUUUUUAUAGCGGCCGAAAUCUAUCAAGAAUCCUCUCGUUAACGCUUGACAAGAGGAAACGAAUUUUUAACCCCCAAUUAAAUUCGAAUUCCGGCGUUGGGAUAGGUCCGGGAAUUCGAUUGUGAAAUAUAUCGCGGUGCGAAGAGCAGAGCCAAGUGGGAUUGGUUGAAUUUUGUGGACUGAGAUGUGUAAAUGACCGAUUUCCCUGUGCGUGUCUAUGAAUAAUUUACGGGUAUUAACGAAACGAGAACAUUGACGUCAAUUUAAAGAGAAAAAAGACAACAAAUCUGUACAUAGACCGUUUUGUUUAGGUAAAAAUAAUUUCUGGUGUACGUCAUAACUGAGCAGAGAUUCGAUCAGGCAUUUAUAUUUCUACUUAGAUCAAGUGAAUGCAAUCACUUGGUGGUUUCCUUUCUAGUACGAGUUGUGAUUUUUUAUCUUGAACGUCGUGUACUAUACGUAUCGAGUGAGAUUUGCGAAUUUAUCGUCUUUGAAGGAUAUCAAAACGUAACACUUGUUCCCCGGGGCUCAAUAAAGAUUCAAGUGACUGUUGCUGUUCUAUCAAUUCUGUUACCGCGGAAACUUAAAAAUAUAGUCCAACCCGGUUUGCAGAGUUGCUUCGUUUUGCCGCUGGUAACAAAUAAAAGAAUAGAAUGCCGGGAAUGUUCUAAACCCAAACAAAUGCCGAGAUUUUAUUUUUAAAAUAGAAAUAAUAAUAAACAACUGAAAAAGACAAGUACCGGAGAGCUUUGAGGAACCAAAAAGAUUAAAAAAAAAAAUAAAAACAAUGCCUGCACAAGCCAGCGGUCACAUUAGAAAGUAUUUGCGAAAGCGUAAAAUGAAGAAAGCAGCAGUUCUUCGUGUUCUUGCUGCCGUAAUGGAAAAUCAAGCUGCAGCUGCAUCAAAUGCUCCAGGCGGCGACAAUCCCAAUUCCGAUUAUCAUAAUGAAUUUUUUAACACAGGCCGAAUCGGCCGACGUAAUGCUUUACCCGAUAUAUUAGGAUACAAUUGCACAACAACAACGACAGCUGAUCUACCAUUAAGAUUGAGUGCUUUAACCACAAGUGAUACGCCAUCGACUUCGAGUGUUUCGAACUCGUCAUCCUCAGCAGGAUCAUCGUCAAUGGAUGCAGGAUCAGAUCCAAAUGUUGCCUCCACAUCGUCAUCUUGCUCAAGCAGUACGCAACCGAUUCAGGCUACCAAUUUCGAUAUCAAAUGGGGAUGUGUGCGAAUUCAAUGUGAUCAAGUAUGCAUAUAUGCUAUGCGUGUGAUGAAAUUUAAAAUUUUAGUGCAAUUAUGGUGGCAAACAAGUGCUUUCUUUCAACGAGUAAAUUCAGCAGACGUGCAGCUCCAGUUUUUACAUGCAGUUUUUGAUAUGCAGCGCUGACUCAAAUAUGCAAUGGCUGCAAUACUACAGAGAUCAGGGAGCUCACGUUUAAUCCUGUGUUCAAUACCGCCUCGAGGAGGCUUCUCCCCUUUGCGUUUGCAAAUGCAGUUGGUUGCGUUGGGAGUUUACUAGAGCUUCUCGCACGCUGGCCUGGUGGCGACAGUUUGGUUUUUUAACACUAAUCACCGUAAUCAUAAUCAUGCAAUCAUAUGAAAUCACCAUGAUACCAUGAGCAGCGUCGUUUGUGCUUUACGAAUCAGCUUACAUAUUGACUGGUUAACCUUUUAACUAAACAAAUUUGUGGAUUGGUUGCACUGAACAGAGAAAUUAUGUUUUCGUGCAAAUUGACAACAGAAAAACAAAUGUCUGUACUCAUUUCAGACAUUAGACAGACAAAUGUCCGUUUUGUUUUGGGGUAAAUGUUUCUUUCAGAGAAAAAUCUGUGUUUGUGUUAAACAAAUGUUUGUGUCUGCCUGGGACAGCAAGUAGAUAUGUACCUCUGUCUGAAUCAAAUAAACGUUUCCAUUUGGAUUGUCCCACAUAGUACGUACAUAUAAACAAUUGCCACUUACGAAAUACGCAUAUACAUAUUCUGUAAAAAUUUCAUGUUCUCCUUAUUUCUAGCCAAUGAUUUAUUUAGCCUAAAUAAGAUGUUGGCUUGGCAUCUAUUCGCUAGCAGUGGCAACAUCUAAUUCAGCUUCUUCAAAUAGCACAUUAUUCUGGAUCGGGAUAAGCCACAACCAUUGACAACAGUUCGCGAUUUCAAUCUCCUUUACGAUCGUUAAAUAUUCUUGGAGAUCAUUCGAUUGAUCAUGCUCGCAACGUACCGCGGCAUAUUGACGUUAAAUAACUAAAAAAAAAAAUUGCAAAAUAGGUCAAAAACCCAUCUAUAACUAGUUUUUUGUCGAUAAUUUAUUGUGAUUUCACAUGGAAAACCAUAAAGGAGCAUAAAAAAUAAAUUUUCUACAUGACACAGUCCCUGGCCAUAUUAUUAGACGCACUGCAGAUUCUAUGCAAAAUGCGCGGCAUGCUGUCAAUCCAAGAUUGUAUUGUAUCCUGUAAUUGAGGACUAUGGUUCCACACAUGGUUUAUUUUUUCUAGGAGCUGAGUUUUGAUUGUGAUCACCCCUUUAGCUGCUUUCCUCUUCAUCAGCUCUCACACAUUUUCAAUUGGGUUCAUAUCGGGGGUAUUACCCGGCCAAUCCAAUAGAGAAAUAUUCUGCUUUCGCAAAUAGGUUUUCACCGAUCGAGCAAUGUGACAGGGAGUCCCAUCCUGCAUGAAAAUGAAUGGCUCCCGAUUCGGAAACCACUCUCUGAGCUGGGGAACCAACCGAGUUUGGAAGGCUUCUAUAUACUGAUCUUGCCUCAUAAUGCCUUUUACCACGUCCAAACGUCCAGUAUCUUUGCCACUGAUAAUUGAUCAGAUCAUGACCUUUGUAGGGUGCUUCAUAGUUUGAACAACGCAGUCAGGAUUAAAUUUUUCUUCAGGACGACGGCGCACAAAUUGAGUUCUAUUCUGCAAAAUUUCAAAUGUGCUUUCAUCGCUAAAGCAGGCCUAUUAGCAAUAGAAAAGAUAAAUGAAUAUCCUAAGUAUCAGCGCUUAUCUUUCAUUAUUUCAUAGUAAAUGAUGCAUCUAAUAUCAAUUUACCGAUUUCCAGGAGUUGACAUCUUUAUCACGCCCAUUUCCGACGCUUGGCUUUCAUCGCAGCCGUUAACUUGGGCCUCUUGUCGGGUCGGCAGGCCUUUAAAUGUAAAUCCUUGAAUUUUCUACGUACACUGCGCUCAGACGCAAUUACAUUAGCAUUUUCCAGUUGAGAUUUUAUCUGGCUUGUGGUAGCACAUCUGUUUUCUAGGCAAAUUUUCCUUAGAUAUCUUUCUGACCUGGUAGUAAAAAUGACCCUGGUGGUAAAAAAUGUAAGGUUAAAUGUAAAUAAUAUCGCAUAUAAUCCAGUGCAACAUAUAUAAUUAUCAAUAAUUUAGUGACUGCGAAGUGCGUCCAAUAAAUUGGCCAGGGACUAUGGCCACCAGUCAUGUGCACACAUUGCAAGUGAGCACCUCGAUUGCACUCGUUCCAAUAAAUCGUGUUGUUUCGGUUCUGCUUCUUCGUCAAUUUUUUGCUGCAAAUGAUGCAGGAAUCCGUGUCUUCGUCAGUCGUUGUUGGCUCUUCUGAUUCUUCUUUAGUGUAACUGAAGCAUGAAUUUUUUGUUGCUUUGCUGAAUCUUGCAAUCUUGUGCCAUCUUUUUGUUUCUGCGCUUCGGUCUUCUUGCGCCUGUUAUCAGCUUUUUGUUGCAAAUUGCUUACCAUUUCAGGCGAUGUCAAAAUGCUCGUUUGCAUCGGCUUGCGACCUUGAUUUGACGUCUUGGCCGGUGUAGCUUACUUUACCGGACAAAUAGCUUUUAAUGCAUCGCGUCUUACCUCCUUAUCUACUUCCUUUAUGUGUUCUUGGAACCUUGUUGUGAUGAGGCGUUUUGUUUAGUCAAUGUAGAACAUCUCGCAAUCAUCGCAGGUGAUUUUGUAAAUUCCACUUUUUCCCUCUUCCGUUAAUGGAUCCUUUUCGCUUCCUAAUUGUCUUUUAAGUGUUGCGUCUCUGCUGGAUCCGACCACUUUUAUAUUGUAUUUUCCUAGAAAGGAUUUUAUUCCAUAAAAGUAUUUGGACAAUGUUAUGCUAAUCCAUUUUGCAUCGACUGUUGUGUGAGUAUUGGUUCUUCCGUAUCUGGUUUUACUUUUUCUUAAUUAGUUUUUAUCUUAUUUCCGCCUAACCGUUCUUGAUUGUUGUAUCAAGUAUGAAUAUCCUUUCUUUAAAGAAACCAGCCUUGUUUCAGGAGUAUGUGCAGAGCCAGGCACAUACCUCUUAAACAAGUGGUGUUUGGAGGCAGGAACAAAACUUUGAUUUGAGGAUCGAUAUCGGCAAUACGCAAAGGAUGGCUGGGAGUAUUGUCCAAAAUAAGUAAAGCCACCGUUGUUUCGGCCCGCCUUUUGGUCGUUUACCAUCGACUUCGAUGUUCAGAUCAAUCUUGGCAAGUGAAUUCUCGUUAGCACGAAUUGCGUGACCAUACCAUCGAAGACGCCUCU